AUGAACCCUUUUUCAGUACAACUUCUCUAUUUUAUCUCUAUUUCUUUUCUUGGGUUUUUGAUCCUCAAAGUUUUGAAGCCAAGAACCGAGCCGUCGUUUACACCUCGGAACUUGGAUUUGUUCUUCACAUCCGUGUCUGCUACAACAGUGUCAAGCAUGUCCACUGUCGAAAUGGAGGUCUUUUCCAAUAAUCAGCUGAUAGUUUUGACUAUCUUGAUGUUCAUAGGUGGUGAGGUUUUCACUUCCAUGGUUGGACUUUGUUUUAAGAGAUUCAAACUCAGUAGAUUAUUCGAGGAAAAUGAAAACCAAGCCAAUAGAAGAAACCUUAGCCUUACAGUUUCAGAAGAUUUUCUCCACCACAAAGAGUUGGGCAUGGUAACAACAAUGCUUGAUUCUGAGAAAUCGAAUUCGGAAAUUGAGUUUCACGACCAAACCGAGUCAUUAGAUAGGAAGUAUUUGAAGUACAAUUCGGUCAAUUUUUUGUGUUUUCUAGUUUUGGUUUAUCUUCUAGUCAUUCAAAUCUUUGGCAUCGCGUUCGUUUCAGUUUAUCUCACCGUAGUUUCAAGUGCAAAAAAUAUACUAAAGAACAAGGGUCUUAAGAUGUUCACUUUCUCUGUUUUCACCAUAGUUUCAACAUUUACAAACUGUGGUUUUGUCCCAACAAACGAAAACAUGAUGGUUUUCAAGAGGAAAAAGGUGGUGGAAGAUCCUCUCAAUUUCAAUGUCUUGAACAUCGUCGUUGAAGUAAUAAGUGCAUACGGAAAUGUCGGAUUUUCGACUGGUUAUAGUUGUGAUCAUCAGCUAAAACCUAGUGGAACUUGUAAGAACAAAUGGUAUGGAUUCUCAGGAAAAUGGAGUGAUGAAGGCAAAAUUAUUCUCAUUGUUGUCAUGAUUUUAGGAAGACUGAAGAAGUUCAAUAUGGAUGGAGGUAGAGCAUGGAAGCUCUUGUAA